UUUAUUUUCAUCGAUUUCCAAAAUUUAUGUAUUAUCCUUUUUCUUUUUUUCUUUUUUGAUUUUUCAUAUUUAUUGUUGUCCGCGUAAAUCAAGUGAAAUUUAGGGAAGAGUACAACGUGACUGCAUAAAAUCGUUUUAUCGCGCGAUAACGAUUCCAAGGAAAACACCGAAGGAGGGAAAAUAUCGCGGUGUGCACGUUUACGUAUACGUUUACAAUAUAGUGAUAGAGAGCUGUUGUUUCUUUAAAUCUUCUUCUCUGUCUCUUUAUACAUUCUUUAUCUAUCUGUACCUCUUGAAAGGAGGAAAAGGACUAACGUCAAAGAAUCAUGGCGAAUGGCAAAUAACCGCAAACCCUUUUCCGGACUGAACGUGUUUUUCACCAACGGUGGGACCAUGUGAGGCUUCUACCAUGACGAGUGGCGGACAAAGCGGUGUCUGGAUCGUGAGCGUGAUUAUACUGUCGAUUGGCAGCUGGGUUGGCAGAGUUGGACCGCAACCGGCUGAUAACGAUCUCGUGUCGUCCUUGACAACGCCGCGAGAGAGACUCGAAGUAGUACGACAAAUUCUAACGGAGGUACCGCUGAUCGACGGACACAAUGACCUACCUUGGAAUAUCAGAAACUUUGUCCACAACCAGUUGGCCGAUUUCGACUUCGACAAGGAUCUCCGGCAAGUCCCACCGUGGAGCAAAAGCAAUUGGAGUCAAACGGACUUGGUCAGAUUGCGACAAGGCAUGGUCGGUGGUCAGUUUUGGGCCGCUUAUGUGCCAUGCGACUCUCAGCAUCUUAACGCCGUGCAGCUGACUCUGGAACAGGUCGACCUUAUAAAACGACUGAUAGAAAAGUACUCUCAACAGAUGCAAUUUGCUGCAUCGUCUGAAGAAAUCUUAGAGGCUCACGAGAGAGGCAGAAUAGCUUCGCUCAUAGGGGUGGAAGGAGGACAUAGUCUAGGAAGUAGUCUAGCCGUUUUAAGGACUCUUUAUCACCUCGGCGUAAGAUAUUUGACGUUAACGCACAGAUGUAACACACCCUGGGCUAAAAGCUCCACCGCCGAGGAGGACGACAAGGACGGAGGAGGUUUAACGGCGUUCGGCAAGGCCGUGGUACGAGAGAUGAAUAGACUAGGCAUGCUGAUAGACCUCAGCCACACAGCCAGAGCAACAAUGAAGGAUGCCCUGAAAGCGACCAAAGCACCUCUGAUCUUUUCACAUUCCUCGGCCUUUGCCAUUUGUAAUUCCUCGAGAAACGUGCCCGAUGACAUUUUAAAACAGUUGGCUGCCAACGGCGGAUUAGUGAUGGUGACAUUUUAUAAUUAUUUCGUCAAGUGCGGUCCUGAGGCAACUAUAUCUGAUGUGGCGGAACAUAUUUAUUAUAUUAAAAAUCUUAUCGGCGUCGAUCAUAUCGGAGUCGGUGGUGAUUUCGAUGGUAUCAACAAAACACCGAGAGGUCUCAACGACGUUUCCAAAUAUCCCGAUUUAUUUAUAGAACUUAUUCGAAGUGGCAAAUGGAGCGUACUCGAUCUGAAAAAGGUGGCCGGUUUAAAUUUACUAAGAGUCUUUAAAAAGGUGGAACGCGUGAGGGACGAUAUGAGAACUGCCGGUGUUACGCCAUCCGAAGAAUAUCUUCAAAAUUCUCCGGACGUUAACGGGAAAUGCGCGUUGGACACUAAUACAGUGCAAAGAGGAGUGGAAGUCUAAUCUAAAACCUCAUGGCGAUCUCUCCUAUCUUCGUUCGUUAUACUCUUGGUCAUUUUAACGAUGACCAAGAGGGAACGAAUGGACAGUUGCCCUGGUAAAGGGCCAAUCUAGGUCAACGAGGGCGUACCAAGAAGAAAAAGAGACAGCAUGCAAGCUUCCUUUCUAUGACCUGCUCACUUUCAAAGCCUGUACUUUCUUCAUCCGUGUCAUGGAAAAAAAAAUGGCUCACGAAGAGAAUCCCAUCGUGUCGUAAACCUACCUCGGAACUCGUUCUUGCGGAAGUAAUGAGCAACGAGUCAAAAGAAUAUUUAAUAUAUUGAUAAACUUUAUUUUAUAUAUACAUUUAUCUUUUCUAUUACGUUAUUUUUUG